AUGGAGUGUGAAAAGAGCUUUAGUAAUAGUGGAGAGCUUAGAUCACAUCAACGGAGUCACACAGGGGAGAAACCAUUUCAAUGUAUCGAGUGUGGAAAGUGCUUCAGUCAGAGUGCACACCUUAGAACACAUCAACGGACUCACACAGGGGAGAAACCACUUAAAUGUAUCGAGUGUGGAAAGAGCUUCAAUCAGAGUGGAAACCUUAGAAAUCAUGAACGGACUCACACAGGGAGAAACCAUUUCAUUGUAUGGAGUGUGAAAAGAGCUUUAGUAAUAGUGGAGAGCUUAGAUCACAUCAACGAAGUCACACAGGGGAGAAACCAUUUCAAUGUAUCGAGUGUGGAAAGUGCUUCAGUUAUAGUGGAAGCCUUAGAAGACAUCAACAGACUCACACAGGGGAGAAACCAUUUAAAUGUAUCGAGUGUGGAAAGAGUUUCCGUUGUAAUACAAGCCUUAGAUCACAUCAACGGACUCAUACAGGAGAGAAACCAUUUAAAUGUAUGGAGUGUGGAAAGCGCUUCAGUCAGAGUGGAAGCCUUAGAAGACAUCAACAGACUCACACAGGGGAGAAACCACAUAAAUGUAUCGAGUGUGGAAAGAGUUUCCGUUAUAAUACAAGCCUUAGAUCACAUCAACAGACUCACACAGGGGAGAAACCAUUUAAAUGUAUCGAGUGUGGAAAACGCUUCAGUUAUAGUGGAAGCCUUAGAAGACAUCAACAGACUCACAGAGGGGAGAAACCAUUUCAAUGUAUGGAGUACAGUAAAUACUUCACUCAGAGUGGAAAUCUUAGAAAACAUCAGUAGAUACACAGGGGAUAAACCAUUUAAAGGUAUGGACUGUGGAAGGAGCUUCAGUCAGAGUGGAACCCUUGAUUUAUGUCAGAAACUCACACAAAAGACAAACCGUAUAAGUAUCAGGAAAGUAGAUAGAGGUUCACUCUUAGUGGAAGUUCAAAAUCAACAGACUCACGGACAGGAAGAACUUUAA